CCCACCAAGUCAGACCGCCUGGCUGCCUCUUCCUCUGAGAAGUUUUGGCUGGGAGAUGUUCUUGUGCCAUCACCAGAGAACCAAAAUCAUCUUGAGGAGAACCGCAACGAUGCCACCCAGGCCCUGUUCUGGGCCAGCAUCCGCCAAGCCCAGCAGUGUGUCCUGGACCUCCAAGGGGAGAUUGACAGGAAGAAGGAGCCACCCAAGGAGGUCCUCUCCCGGACUCUGGAGGAAGCGCCAGCGACGGCUGUGUUGCAGGACUGGGCCGCUCCCAGUGAGCCUUUUCAGCUGGGCAUGGACAGUGAGGAGGAAGAGGAGGCGAGCUCAGGGAGGCAGGAGGAAGAAGAAGAAGAGAUGUCCUCCUUGGAAGAAGAGGAGGUGGAAGGUUUGUUUUACAGCAACCCACUCUUCCAGGAGAGUCCAUCCUCCACAAGAGCCAUUGGAUUUGAAGGACUUGAUCUGUUUGGCCAUCCGGAGGGACCAGCCACUGUGCAUGGUGAGGAGAGACUCUCGAGCAGUGAUCUGGGCUCUGACGAGGCGGGCCCGCUUUGCCAAACCCGUGGGUCAGGGAGCCCUCCAAGCCCAGAGCGUAGCUCAGCAGCUGAGCGCUAUGUUGAUGAGGCCCCGUGCCCUCUCUCGAGCUAUGUGUCCCACGGCCGUUCCUUGUCUCCCUUGGUGAUCAUGGAGGGGGAUCCCGAGGAGCCAGGUCCGCUGGUGCUGGGCAGAGAGGCUCAGGGUGGCUUUCCAGAUCAACAAGCCCAAAGUCCCAUCAUCAGUGUUCCAGAAAGCUUGGUGCCAGGUGCCACCCGCAGCCUCCACCCGCCAGGGCUAGGCCUGCUCUUCCUGCCCUCCAGGACUUCUGUGACGUCCGCUCUGCUGCUGCAGGACCCUCCCGAGAGCCAACCCCCUUCCAAGCCUCCCUUGCCUCCAGCAAAGGCCAGCGGGGCCCCUGCCAGCUGCCUAGCCCUCCCAGCCCCUACAGAUGCGGAACAGAGUCUGGAACAUCAGGCUUUGGGCCCCUGGGCUCCGUCACACAGCCACCGCCAUGUGCCUCCUUGCGCAAGGGCAGGGCCGCCCGGGGGAACUUCCUCUUUGCAGAAGGAAGCGGCUGCGCACGAGCUGCUCUCCUCCACCAUCACCCUUGACGGGGCAGGAAGGAAGUUGGGGAGCUCAGCCGAGGGGGUUGCAAGGGUGGCGUUCCCUGCGAUGCCUGAUGCAAUGGAAGAACCCUUGGAUGAUAAGGAGGAGGAGGAGGAAGAGAAAGAGGAGGAAGCACCCAGCCCUCCGUGCCCCAGCAUUCCCGAUGAAGACCAUCUCUCCAGGGAUCCUGUCAGGCCAGGGGAAGCUCUGCAGGCGAAGAACCCAGGAGAUCCAGAGGGAACUCCCCUCUUUGCCAACGGCACCGCCGGGGAUCAAGCUGCUGCACUGAGGCUGGCCACCCGUCUCUACCACCUGGAUGGGUUCAAGAGGUCGCAGGUGGCUGCCUUUCUUCAGAAAAACAACGAGUUCAGCCAGAAGGUGGCAGAAGCGUACUUCUCUUUCUUUGAGUUCAGCCAGCAAACUCUGGACCAAGCCUUGAGGUCCUUCCUGAAGGUGUUUGUGCUCACAGGAGAGACCCAGGAGCGGGAGAGGAUUCUCUGGCAUUUCUCCCAACGCUACCAUUGCUGCAACCCACAGGCCUUCCAGAGUCCAGAUGCUGUGCACACACUCACCUGUGCCCUCAUGCUCCUCAACACUGACUUGCAUGGGCAGAAUAUUGGCCGGAUCAUGAGUUGCCAGGCAUUCUUAGUCAACCUGGAGGGCCUGAACGAUGGCCAGAAUUUCCCUAAAGAGCUCUUGAAGGCGCUGUAUUACUCCAUCCGCCAGGAGAAGCUGGAGUGGGCUGUAGAUGAGGGCCAGACGGAGGUUGGGGCCAAACAGCUCCAGCGCCCCAGCGCCUCUGGCGGCAGUUUUUCCAGCCAGAAGAAGAGCAACCCCUUCAUGUCCCUGGCGCACGACCCUGGGGCUCAGACCUACCGGCAGGGGCUCCUGGCGCGCAAGGUGCAUGCAGAGGCUGACGGCAAGAAGACACCCUGGGGCAAGAGAGGCUGGAAGAUCUUCCAUACUGUGCUGAAGGGAAUGGUGCUGUACUUCUUCAAGGAGGAGAGCCGGUCAGAGGGCAUGGGCACAGAAGAGCCCCUCGGGGUGCACCAUGCCCUGGCAGAGCCAGCCAGCAAGUACACCAAGCGGCCCCACGUCUUCUGGCUCCAAACGGCCGACUGGCGUGUCUUCCUCUUUCAAGCCCCGAGUGCAGAAGAGAUGAGCUCGUGGAUUUCUCGCAUCAACCUGGUGGCUGCCAUGUUCUCCUCCCCACCCUUCCCAGCGGCCGUGGGUUCCCAGCGGAAAUUCUUCCGGCCCAUUCUCCCAACGGCCCCCUGCAAGAACUCUCUGGAGGAGCAGCACGAAGCCCACGAGAGCUGCCUGGACAAGGCCUCUGAGGACCUCCUGGAGCUCCAGCGAAACCUCCCAGACAAGCGCGGCGCCCGGGGCCGGGACCUGGAGGAGUAUCGACUCAAGAAGGAGUAUUUGCUUUAUGAGAAGCGCCGGUACGAGACGUAUGUGCGGCUCCUGGAGGUGAAGCUCAGCAGCAGCGCCGCGGAGGAAGACCUGGACCAGUGGGAGGCUCGGCUAGGCAAGUCAGAGGCGGAGGGAAGCUGCCCCAGCCUGCAAAAGUCUCAUUCCAGCCCUUCCUUGAAUGCAGAGGGUCCUGCCGCUGCCACCGUCAAGGUGAAGCGGAACAUUUCUGAACGCAGGACAGUUCGCAGAAUCAUCCCCAGGCGCAACAAGCACUUGCUGUGACAGCCACAGGCCACGCUGGGGGGGGUGGGGGGGCUUCCUGGGGUCGCUGCUGUUUGCAGUCAGGAAAAAGCUGCUCUGAAAGGGAGAGGAGAAAAACGCCCUUGCAGUAUUUGGGCACCAGGUGGCGCCCCCUCCUGGUGAGGAGGGAGAGCCUUUCCCAUCCAGCCCAGAGGGAUUUCCCAGGGACCUGUCAAGCACCAGACUCAGGGAAGGGGACCAGCCUGGUCUUGGGCGCGGGGGGGGGGGCCAGGAACCUCAGGACCUUCCUGCCUUGGCAAAUUAGCGCUGUGCCCAACCAGGACCUUUGUGCAAUAAAUACAGAUGGACCGGAUGUUGGGUCCUGUUGGAA